UGAGGGUGAUGAAAUGUAAUCAGGACUUUGCUGAUGACUCAUCUAACUUAAGUCUUGAGGACAUCUAACUUGCCUUUUUCUUUUGCUGGAUUCUUUCUCAUGUCUCAUUAAGUUCUUAUGGCGUCUAACAUUAUCGCGGUACCCAAGAAUAAAACUGUUACGAACUAAUGGUCUUUGUAACCGACACGUCGUCGAAUUAUAACGUCGAUUGCAGGUUGUAAUGGCCGUUUCAAAGUAACAGUCGCUUUUUCUAAGCGUUAUGUUAAUAUUGUGAUCGGAAGUUCGGAAGGGGUGAAAGAGAUGGAAAGAGACGGCGGAGGCGGCGGGAGAGAGGAGGUGGAGGUGGAGGCGGCGGCGGAGCCACGGGAUGCGCGGGUUGUGAAGGAGCUUCUCCGAUCGAUGGGGCUGGGGGAUGGGGAUUACGAGCCACGGGUGGUGCACCAGUUCCUGGAGCUCGCCUACCGCUACGUGGUGGACGUCCUCUCCGACGCCCAGAUCUACUCCGACCACGCCUCCAAGACCGCCAUUGACCCCGACGACGUCGGCCUCGCCAUCCAGUCGAAGGUCAACUUCUCCUUCUCCCAGCCACCGCCCCGCGAGGUGUUGCUUGAACUGGCAAGGAGCAGAAACAAGACCCCCCUGCCCAAGUCAAUCGCACCUCCCGGGAGCAUACCCUUGCCACCAGAGCAGGACACUCUGAUCAGCCCCAAUUACCAGCUACUGAUACCAAGAAAGCAUCCUCCUCAGGUUGAAGAAACAGAGGAGGACGUCGACGGUUCCAACACAAACCCUAUCGCGACCACUAAUUUGCCGCAAGAGCCAAGGAUCGGUACCGACCAACAACCCCAGCAGCAAAGCCCACAGAGGGUGGCUUUCCCUCUUUCUUCCACGACAGAACGACCGAGGUGACAGUACGUGAACCGAGAGCGAGGUUAUGCUAUGUCAAUGAGUUACUACUACCAUGGAGCCCGCAUUAUGAACACACCUAAUCGAACCCUUUGUGGCGUCCAGGUCCGAGUCUGUUCCACAUCAAUCUGCAUCACUUCCAUUCAAGAAUUAAGACAGGUUUGCAUGCCUGUCUGCAAGCGAAGGCAGUCUUGCCCACAUCUUGUGACCAAUAAUGAUGAAGCGGCAGCGUGUGGUUAUGUAUCGAACAUGUGGUUUGCAGACACAGCACAGCAGCAUGAAGUAUUAUUGAUCGUGUGCUGAUGGAAGGAGAGAUGAGAGAGAAGGGAGUGUAUGGGUUCCAGCUGAAGGGAAAA